GGGACGAAGAGAGAACGACGAGCGCUUCCGUCUCCUCCAAUCCCGAAGCUUCUCUGGUUGCCGUCUAUCCGACCGCGCAUGCGCAUUGCCCCAACCGCUGUUUCUGCGGCGAGGAACUCGGGGCGACGGGCCUGGGCCGCGGCCGUUAUUCCCCUUGUGCCUAGAGCUCGCCUUUUUCCGCCGCCAAAAUGCCGCGGAUUAUGAUUAAAGGAGGCGUGUGGCGCAACACAGAAGAUGAAAUUCUUAAAGCGGCUGUGAUGAAAUAUGGCAAAAACCAGUGGUCUCGUAUUGCGUCCCUGUUGCACAGGAAAUCAGCAAAGCAGUGCAAAGCCAGAUGGUACGAGUGGCUCGACCCCAGUAUAAAGAAGACAGAAUGGUCCCGGGAAGAAGAAGAGAAGCUCCUGCAUUUGGCGAAACUUAUGCCAACCCAGUGGAGGACCAUUGCACCCAUCAUUGGAAGAACAGCCGCCCAGUGCCUGGAACAUUAUGAAUUUCUUCUGGAUAAGGCUGCUCAGAGAGACAACGAAGAAGAAACUGCUGACGAUCCUCGGAAACUUAAACCUGGAGAGAUUGACCCAAACCCAGAAACCAAGCCAGCCAGACCAGAUCCCAUCGAUAUGGAUGAGGAUGAACUUGAGAUGCUUUCUGAAGCAAGAGCUCGUUUGGCGAACACACAGGGGAAGAAAGCCAAAAGGAAAGCAAGAGAGAAGCAGUUAGAAGAAGCCAGGCGCCUGGCUGCCCUCCAGAAGAGGAGGGAACUCCGAGCUGCAGGGAUUGAGAUCCAGAAGAAAAGGAAAAAGAAGAGGGGAGUCGACUAUAAUGCCGAGAUCCCAUUUGAAAAGAAGCCGGCUUUAGGUUUUUAUGACACGUCAGAAGAAAACUACCAAGCACUAGACGCGGACUUCAGGAAGUUACGGCAGCAAGACUUAGAUGGGGAACUGAGAUCGGAAAAGGAAGGAAGAGAGCGGAAGAAAGACAAGCAGCAGCUGAAACGGAAAAAAGAAUCAGAUUUGCCCUCAGCGAUACUUCAGACUAGCGGAGUGUCCGAAUUCACCAAAAAAAGAAGCAAGCUGGUGCUUCCAGCUCCUCAGAUUUCAGAUACAGAACUUGAGGAAGUGGUGAAGGUGGGCCAGGCGAGUGAGAUUGCACGUCAGACGGCGGAAGAGUCCGGGAUUAUGAACUCCGCUUCCAGCACGCUCUUGUCCGAAUACAACGUCACCAACAACAGCAUCGCCCUCCGGACACCCAAAACGCCAGCAGCUCAGGAUAGGAUCCUGCAGGAAGCCCAGAACUUAAUGGCUCUUACGAAUGUUGACACGCCCUUGAAAGGUGGCCUCAAUACCCCCCUCCACGAGAGUGACUUUUCUGGUGUAACACCUCAGAGGCAGGUUGUUCAGACUCCAAACACUGUCCUUUCCACGCCUUUCAGGACUCCUUCUCAUGGAGCCGAAGGACUGACUCCUCAUGGUGGAAUGACUCCAAAGCCCGUCGUAGGAGUGACGCCCGGUAGGACUCCACUGCGCGAUAAAUUAAAUAUAAAUCCUGAAGAAGGAAUGGCAGAUUACAGCGAUCCAUCGUACACGAAGCAUAUGGAGAGGGAAUCCCGUGAAAACCUGCGCCUGGGGCUCCUGGGCCUUCCUGCUCCCAAGAACGACUUUGAAAUCGUCCUGCCGGAAAAUGCAGAAAAGGAGCUUGAGGAUCACAACGCCGACGACGCCUACAUAGAAGAUGCGGCAGAUAUGGAUGCUCGCAAGCAGGCCAUUCGAGAAGCAGAGCGCAUAAAGGCCCUCAAGCGGAUGCACAAAGCGGUCCAGAAAGAUAUGCCCAGACCUUCUGACGUGAAUGAAACAAUCCUGCGGCCUUUAAACGUAGAGCCGCCCCUGACAGAUUUGCAGAAGAGCGAAGAGAUGAUUAAGAAGGAGAUGAUCACCAUGCUUCACCACGACCUCAUUCACCACCCUUACGGGGAGCUGCCAGGGGGCAAAAAAAUGAAAGCCCCGGGAUUCGGAGCCAAUAGCGCAGAGCACAUCGUUUACCUGGAGCACAAUCCUUACGAGAAGUUCCCCAAGGAAGAGCUCAAGAAGGCUGAAGAGCUCCUGGCACAGGAGAUGGAAGUGGUGAAGCAGGGGAUGGGCCACGGAGAGCUCUCGAGUGAAGCUUAUAACCAGGUGUGGGAAGAAUGCUACAGCCAGGUGUUGUACCUCCCUGGGCAGAACCGCUACACGCGAGCAAACUUGGCCAGCAAAAAAGACAGAAUUGAGUCGCUGGAGAAGAGGCUAGAGAUAAACAGAGGUCACAUGACAACAGAAGCGAAGAGGGCUGCCAAAAUGGAAAAGAAGCUGAAGAUCUUGCUGGGCGGCUAUCAGUCUCGUGCCAUGGGGCUCAUAAAGCAGUUGAAUGACCUGUGGGACCAAAUCGAGCAAGCUCACCUGGAGCUGCGCACGUUUGAGGAACUGAAGAAACAUGAAGAUUCUGCCAUCCCAAGGAGACUGGAGUGCCUGAAGGAAGACGUUCAGCGGCAACAGGAAAGGGAGAAGGAGCUUCAGCAGAGGUUUUCAGAAUUCAUGCUGGACAAGGAAACGUUUCAGUCAAAAUACUGAGCAGCGCCCUGUGCUUCAGCCGUCGUUCGUGGCGCUCCCAAAAUGCCACGGAUACGUUUUUCCACCCGUUAUCUCAAGCAAGUUCAAGCAAAUCAUACCACGUGUUGUGUUAAGAGACUUCAGUUUGUACCAUGCGUUGAGGUUGUGGACCUUUCUUUGUUUGGAAGGAAAGAGAUCGGUUGAAAAAAAACAAAACAACAAAAAUGGAAUUCGCACCCUGGUCCAGCGAGGACAGCGAGCACCCUCAUCCAGAGACCAUGCAGUAAAAGUCCCCGUGCGAGUUAAAAAAAAACCCCAGCACCCAGAGUUGCAUAGACAGAAAUCCUUGCUCAGUCCGGCAUAAUUGUGCACGGUUUUCGCACAGCUCCCAAACCAGGGGAAGCAAAUUAUGCCGAAGUCCCAUUGAAACCAGCGGGGGAAGCGGAAUGGAGACUAACUUGUACUUGUUAGUUUUAGAGGCUUAAACGUGUGCUGUGUAAAGUCAGCUCCGACAGCACUAAGGGCAAAUGAGAGAGCACUAAACCCCUGCCCCUUCGUCCCUCCCCCAUCUGAGUUCCAACAGUACCAGCAAUUUGUGUGGCGCACACACCAAGGAAGGCCUUUGCUUCAGCAUGCGCACAGUUGGUUGCUGAGCACAAGGAUGUGGAGAUCACGGUCCAGCAUUUCCAUAUUAAAUCACUCUGGAUCUUUUUUUUUAGUCACAUUGUCAUUUGCUCAAAAUUCCAUUUCCUUGUGCUUCUAGUAUUUUACCGUGGUGAAGGUCAGGCUUUUUUUUUUGGUAGCAGGAACUCCUUUGCAUGUGAAGCCGCACAUCCCUGAUGUAGCCAAUCCUCGAAGAGCUUACAGGACUCUUAGUACAAGGCCUACUGUAAGCUCCAGGAGGAUUGGCUACAUCACCGUGUGUGGUCUAAUAUGCAAAGGAGUUCCUGCUACAAAAAAAGUCAACAGUGUAUACACAGAUUUUGUGUGUGCGUGCGUGUGUACCAGUGACUACUGUGUCUCUAAUAAACCUGGGAUGUUUUAAAAAAAAAA